AUGUGCAGCCUCAUUUCAAACAAACUAAAUGACACUAAUGAGACAAAAGUCACAUACUUCUUUCUGCUUGGAAUCAAUGGCCCUCAGACCUUAAAGAUUUUCCUCUUUAGCUUGUUUCUUGGGGUGCACAUUGCAACGCUAUGUGGGAAUAUCAUGCUUAUUGCUUUGUACUUGAAAAGCCAACACCUCAAGACCCCCAUGUACUUCUUCUUGAGUCAUCUUUCCUUCUCUGACAUCUUGCUGUCUAUAUGCAUUGUUCCCAACCUUCUGGACACAUUACUGAAGAACGGAAAGAGCAUGUCUCUUACCAGCUGUCUGGCUCAGCUUUUGGCAACUGGCACCUCCACUGGGGCUGAAUGCUACCUGCUCACUGCAAUGUCUUACGACCGAUACAUGGCCAUAUGUAACCCGUUGGGCUAUAUGAAAAUUAUGAACAACAAACUUUGUGUUCAUUUAGUUGCCUGGUCUUGGUUUCUAAGCUUCCUGAUCUGUCUGGUUAUUGUUCUACAGAUCGCUCAGCUGGAGUUCUGUAGAUGCAACAUCCUUGAUUAUAUUUACUGUGAUUUUUCUCCUCUUCUUGCAAUUUCAUGCAAAAACAGUUUUGCUCUGGAAAUAACCACCAUGGUAUUGUCCGUUCCCAUUAUCCUUCUUCCUUUUUGGUUUAUCAUUUCAACAUAUAUAUGCAUUGGCCUGGCCAUAUUCAGGAUCUCCUCCAAUGUUGGGCGACAAAAGGCCUUCUCCACCUGCAGCUCCCACCUCACUGUUGUCUGCACUUAUUGCGGGAUACUCAUUACUAAAUACACGGUGCCCAUUGGUGGGCAAUCAAUAACUAUGAAUAAAGUCAUUUCUCUGCUAUACACUGUAGGCACACCAUUACUCAACCCCAUCAUAUACAGUUUUAGGAACCAGGAGAUCAGAGCAGCUCUAAAUAAAUGGAUGACUAGGAGGGUGUAA